AUGAAUAAUAAAACGCUGCUUAUAGUGUUAUUACUAGCUUGUACGCUAGGAGGUAUGAGUUUAUAGCUAAAUUUAGCUCAACAAUUCAUUUAAUUGGGAAGCAAUCUCAAAUUGCAAAGUUUAAGUGAAUUGCAUCAAUUGGAGACUAAUUAAUUGGAAUGUAGUCCGAUGUUGGGAGAAGUGAGCACUUCUAUUGAUGCAUGGUCAGAAAUCUUAGAGAAUUAAGACUAGCUAAACACAGAUUCUCAUAAUCUUUAGUAAUUAAAGGUGGCAUUAUAAGAUUUUCGUGGAAAUGGCUAUGAUGAUGCAGAACCUGUAUUGUUGCAAUUCAGAAAUUCGUUCUCAGAUAUUAUGAGUCAAAUAAGUGCAGAACAUUUAUAAAUCACACCUUAUUAAAGAUGGAGAAAAGAUAGUGCUAUGGAAUUACAAGGAGUUGUAAGUUUAUUAGAUACUGCUGAGAAUGAAAAAGACUUAGAAUAAUGUUGUGAUAAAAUAGAAGAAUUAAUAAAUAGAUUAAUGAAAGAGAGAGAACAAGUGAGAAAUCAAUGCCAGAAAGGACCAUAAAUUACAAUCAACAUUAUAAAUUCUAAGGCUGACGAAGUGAGAGAAAUCACUAAAGAAUGUUCUGAUGGCUAAGGUACCAUCGUCAGAAUUAAACCAAAAGAGGAUGAUAACCAAGUAAUCAUCCCAGCAAGACCUGAUGGUUAAUAAUAAGGAUAGGAUGAAACCAAAAAGCCUAUCUAACCAACCUAGCCAGUCAAACCAGUUCCAGCUGAUAGAGUUCCAGAAGGAGAUGAUUAAUAGGAAUAAAGUGUUUCUGAACCAAGUAGUACAACAGACGAGGAAGAUGAUGAAGAUUCCUCAAACAAAAAGAAACCAGCUGACUAUACUAACCCAGAUCCUGUUCAUUAGAAAGAGGUUGAAAGUCAAGAACCACUCACUGAAUAUGGUUAUGGAUAUUGGGCUAAAUUCACUUUAGCAUAUCCUAAAUUCUUACCUAAUGGAAAAGAUGCACCUUGGUACUUUGUUUCCAGAUUGAGUGCAAAUAAGAAAGAUGAAAAUAUCAAUAUGGGAGACAGAUUAUUGGCUGUUUGGUUAGGUAAAGGAUAUUAUCAUUUCACCACUUGUGAUCAACCAAAGAAUUAACCAAAUGUCGCUCAAAAUGUUAAUUAUCCUGAAGAUUUUGAUGGAGUUUGGACUUACAUUUACUAUUCAUACAGUUCCGAGAAAAAGAAGGCUGUUGCUUUUAUCAAAUUUGGAAAUGAUGAUCUUAAGAAAGUUACUCAUGAAGUUUUGAAUCCAUCAACUAAAUGGGUUAGAUUCACUGUUGGAGGUAAAGAUUAAAAUAGAUAUCCUGGUUUCAAUGGUCUGAUCUAAUAAAUCUAUUUCAGUACUAAGCCAGGAGUAUUCCUUGAUUCUGAAGAUGAUGUUAUUGGUAAAUUGUAAGCUUAAAAGAAACAACCAAAGGAUUUCUUACCUGAAUUAAUUACUUAUAAAGUGGUCUCAAAUCCAUCAUAAAGAGAUCCAGAUACCAAAGAAGUUCUUUCUAUUGUUGGAACAACAAAGAAUCCCAAAUUCCCACAUGAGUAUGCCUUCAGUGGUUGGUUCAAAUGGGAAGCACCAAAACAACAAUAAGAAUGGCAUAACAUUUUCAGAGUCCAAAUCCAAUAACCAUCAACUGAUAAAUUCUUAGGAGAUAGAACAUUGUCUGCCUGGGUUGGUAAACAAGAUGGAGGUAUCAUCCACUUGCCAACAUACACAUACACUAAUUUGGAAGGUGCUGGAAAUCCAAAUGUCAUUAAGAAUAUCCCACACAAAAACAGACACACAGAAUGGUUCUUCGUUUAUUUUGGAUAUUCAAGACCUUAGAAGAAAGCUGUUGCUACAAUUCAAUGGAAAGACUCUACUGAUAAAUAAGAAUAUGACAACAUCAGACACUUCCAAGUUCCAAAAUUCUACAUAUUUGUUGGAAAGGACAAAUAAUUCCCAGGAUUCAAUGGUAAGGUUGCAUUAGUUGCUUUCAAUGUUGGAGAAGGAUCCUUCAAACCAAACAAUGACUUUUCUGGAAAAGGAGAUCCAUUUAGCUUUGACAGUGGUAAAAAGAAAUUGAUUGGAGUUCAACCAGAAAUUGAUACUGAAGAAGAUCCAGAAAAAUAAAAGAAACCAUAUAAAGUAGUUGAAGAUGCAGACACUGAUGGUUUGACUAGACCAAGUUCAAGUGAAGAAAACAAACCAGUAAUUGAAGAAACUUAAGAAGAAGAUAAUGAAUUAGUUGAAUAUGGUUAUGGAUUCUGGAUGAGAUUCUUAACAGCUUAUCCUGAUAGAUUAUUGAAUGGAAAGAAUGCACCAUGGUACUUUGUUUCUAGAUUAACUUCAAAUAUGAAUUACAAGAACAUUGAAAUGGGUGACAGAUUACUAGCCAUCUGGUAAGGUUAAGGAUAUUACCAUUUCACUACUUGUGAUUAACCAAAGAACUAAGCUAAUGUAAUUCAAAAUAUCAAUUAUCCAAAUGAUAUUGAAGGUUUAUGGACCUAUGUUUACUAUUCAUACAGUUCUGAAGCUAAGAAAGCCAUAGCCUUCAUUAAGUUCGCAGAUUAAGAACCAAGAACAAUCUUACAUUCAGUUCAACAUCCAGUUGCAAAGAAAGUCAAAUUCAUUUUGGGUGGUAUGGAUAACAAAUAAUACCCUGGAUUCAAUGGUUUAUUCAGUUAAAUCACAUUCUCAGCAAGACCAGGAGUAUUCUUAGAUACAAUUGAAGACUUUUCAGACUAAUUGAAGAGAACAAUCAUACCAAAAUAAGAUUUGGAUUAAUUCUACAAUCAUGAAUUAGUUUCUGAUAUAAUUUCUAGAAAACCAAAUGACAUUCCAGAUUAUGAUGAAAUUGGUGGUGGACAAGAAAUGUUCCCACAUGAAUAUGCCAUUUCAGGAUGGUUCAAAUGGGAAUAAACUUAAUAAUAGGUUUGGCACAAUGUUUUCAGAGUUCAAAUCAAGAAGCCAUCCACUGACAGAUUCUUAGGAGAUAGAACAUUAUCUUGUUGGAUUGGUACUGCUUAAGGUGGAAUCUUACAUUUCCCAACUUACACAUACACUAAUAUGAAUGGAGCAGGAAAUCCAAAUAUGGUCAGCAAUAUCCAACACAAGAAUAGAAUUUUCGAUUGGUUCUUUGUUUACUUUGGAUAUUCAAAGAAUUAAUAAAAGGCAUUUGUUGGAGUUAGAUUUGCUACAGGUAUUGAAACCUUAGAGUAUAACAAUGUCAAUCAUUAUUAUGCACCUAAAUUCUACACAUUCGCUGGUAAAGACUUGCACUUCCCAGGAUUGAAUGGCAAAUUGGCAUAUGUGAACUUCAAUUUAGGAGAUGGAACAUUCAGAAAGACUCCAGAUUUCAAACAUCCAGAUGAUAUCUUCGGAUUAUAAAAAGGUGAAAUCAACAUCCUCAAAAAACCAGAUUAAAAGAAAGUGUAACCAGAAGUUGAUAAAGAAACUGGAGAAACCUAAAUUCCAAAUGCAGUCUCAGACAAUACACCAAAAGUAACCAAGGAAUUCAAAUCAGAAUAACCUCUUGCUGAAUAUGGUUAUGGAUUUUGGAUGAGAUUCUUAACAGCAUUCCCAGUCAAAUUGCCAAAUGGAAAGAAUGCACCAUGGUACUUUGUUUCAAGAUUGGCUAACAGACCUAAUUAUGAUAAUAUUGCUAUGGGAGAUAGAACUUUGGCUAUCUGGUAAGGACAAGGAUAUUAUCACUUCACUACAUGCAAUUUACCAGGACAAGUCAAUGUAAUUAAGAAUGUCAAUUACCCAGCUGAUAUCGAAGGAUUGUGGACAUAUGUUUACUAUUCAUACAGCAAAUAAGAGAAGAAGGCUGUUGCAUUCAUUCAAUUUGGUGCCACAGAUCCAAUUGAUGUUGUUCACUAAGUCACUCAUCCAGAUAACACUUAUGUCAAAUUCAUUUUGGGAGGUAAAGACAACAAUAGAUAUCCUGCAUUCAAUGGUUAAUUCUAAUCAGUUGUUCACUCUGCUUCUCCUGGAGCUUAUAUUGGAUCCAUUGAUUAAUUCAAGGCUUUCCUUAAUAAAUAACCAAAUCCUUUGGGAUCUAAAGUUCCUUUGACCACAACCCAAUUAGUUGAUAGUUAAAUCACAAGAAAUCCAGGAACUCCAGGAAAUACAUAAACUGUCGAAGCCCCAUUCCCUAAAGAAUAUGCAUUUUCAGGUUGGUUCAAAUGGGAAUAACCAACACCCUAAUAGGCAUGGCACAAUCUAUUCAGAGUCCAAAUCAGUUAACCAUCAACAGACAACAGUCAUGGUGAUAGAACUUUAGCAGGAUGGGUUGGAAGUGGAGCAGGUGGUAUCAUUCAUUUGACAACAUACUCAUACAAGAAUAUGAAUGGAGCUGGUCCAAAUAAUCUACCAUAAAAUAUCAAUCAUAAAAAUAGACAUUUCGAAUGGUUCUUUGUUUACAUGGGCUAUUCCAAGAAUGAUAAAGCUGCUUAUGCAUAUGUUAAAUGGAGAGAUAGCGAAGACAAUUUAGAAUACAAAGACAUCAAUCAUUACUUUGCUAAGAAAUAUUUUGUUUUCGUUGGUAAAGAUGUUCAAUUCCCAGGAUUCAAUGGAAGAAUUGCAUCCACAGCCUUUAAUCAUGGAGAUGGAUCAUUCAGAAAGGGAAAUGAUUUCAAACAUCCAACUGAUGCAUUCAAAUUUGACAAGGGAAGUCAAUUGAUUCCAAAAGUCGACCCAACAAAACCAGUUGUUGAUGAUAAGACUGAAUAUGGAAGCAAAUUCAAUAAUAAUGCACCCAGUGUUGAUAAAACAUUGACAUCAAAUGACCUAUUGGUUGAGUAUGGUUACGGAUUCUGGGCUAGAUUCUUAACUGCCUACCCAGUCAGAUUAAUUAAUGGAAAGAAUCAACCAUGGUACUUUGUUGCAAGAUUGUCAACCAAUGUUCAAUAUGACAACAUUAGAAUGGGAGAUAGAGCUUUGGCUAUCUGGUAAGGAUAAGGAUUCUACCAUUAUACAACAUGUAACAAAUAAAAUGGAAAUGUUAAUGUCAUUCAAAAUAUCAAUUAUCCAGCUGAUAUUGAAGGAGUUUGGACAUACAUCUACUAUUCAUACAGUGCAGAAAAGAAGAAAGCAGUAGGUUUCAUUAAGUAUGGAAAUGAUGAAGUCAAGUCAAUCACUCAUUCAAUCACACAUCCAGAAACUAGAUAAGUUAGAUUCAUUCUUGGUGGUAUGGAUAACAACAGAUAUCCAGCCUUCAAUGGUAUCUUCACUAAAGUCUCAUAUUCUCAUGAAAAAGGAGCAUUCAUUGAUAGUUUAGAUGUCUUGAAACCAAGAAUAGGAAUUGUACCAGAUGUUGACACUCCAGCUCUUAACAAAAAGAUUGUUGCAGGAUAAAUCGAAAGAGCCCCAACUGUUGCUCAUAUUGGUGAAACUGUUGGAGAUGAAUAAUCUAAAUUACCAUAAGAAUAUGCUUUAAGUGGAUGGUUCAGAUGGGAUAAAUUAUAAGGAUAAUAAGUAUGGCAUAACAUCUUCAGAAUUACAAUCAAUUCACCAUUCUCUGAUAGAUUCUUAGGAGACAGAACAUUGGCUGUUUGGGUUGGUACUCUUGCUGGUGGUAUUUUACAUCAUACCACUUACACAUACAAUAAUAUGAAUGGAGCAGGAAAUCCUAAUGUUGUAUAAAACAUCUAACACAAAGACAGACAUUAAGAAUGGUUCUUCUUGUAUUAUGGAUAUUCAAAGAAAGAAUCAAAGGCUUAUGCUUAUAUUAAAUUCAAGGAUAGUUCUGAGACUUUGACAUUCGAUAAAAUUAAUCACUAUUUAGCUCCAAAAUUCUUUGUUUAUUUAGGCAAAGAUCCUAACUUCUAAGGAUUCAAUGGAUAAAUCGGAUUUGUUAAUUUCAACAUUGGUAAAGGUAGUUUCAAGAAAGGAAAUGAUUUCACAGAUGAAACAGACAGAUUUGGAUUUUCAGAUGGAACUAAGGCCAUUAAUAAACCUGUUGAACCAGCAAAACCAGAAGCAAUUCCAGAAGCUGAUAAAUAAGUAUUUGCAAGUGCUUCAAGCGUUGAUUCACCAAAGGUUGAUAAAUAGACAGUUGCAGGAGACUAAAAUUUAGUUGAAUAUGGUUAUGGAUAUUGGUUGAGAUUCUUAACAAAGUACCCAGAAUAAUUACCAAAUGGAAAGAAUUAACCAUGGUACUUCGUAUCCAGAUUGACUACAAAUGUUCAAUAUGAUAAUAUUAGAAUGGGAGAUAGAGCUUUGGCAAUUUGGUAAGGAUAAGGAUACUAUCACAUCACUACCUGUGAUCAAAAGAGUAACAAUGCAAAUGUGAUUAAGAAUGUUGAUUAUCCAGCUGAUAUUGAAGGUGUUUGGACUUACAUCUACUAUUCAUACAGUACAAAAGAGAAUAAUGCAGUUGCAUUUAUUAAGUUUGGAGAUAGUGAUUUCUAAUAAGUUACUCAUCAAGUCACACACCCAGCUGCUAAAUAAGUUAGAUUCAUUUUGGGAGGUACAGAUGAAAAGAGAUAUCCAGCAUUCAAUGGUCUUUUCACUAAUGUUUAUUUCAAUAACAAAGUUGGAGCCUACAUCAAUUCAUUGUCUAACCUUAAUAAGUUAUUGGAUAGUCAAGGUCCAAAGCCAAGCAUCAAAUUGGUUGAUUUGACUACUAUUACUUUGAUUGAUAAAGAGACAUCCAGAACUCCAAAAGAUGAACCAGUCGUAACAGAAGUAGAAGAAAAGAAAUUGCCUCAUUAAUAUGCAUUCAGUGGUUGGUUCAGAUGGAGUGCCAUGUCAUAAGAGCCUUGGCAUAACAUUUUCAGAGUCUAACUCAAGACACCUUCUACAGACAAUGUCUUAGGAGACAGAACAUUAACAGCAUGGGUUGGAACAGCUGAAGGAGGUAUCAUCCAUUUACCAACAUACACAUACACUAAUAUGAAUGGUGGUGGUAAUUCCAAUCUUUACAAGAACAUUCAACAUAAAGGAAGAAAUACUGAAUGGCAUUUCCUAUACUUUGGAUAUUCAAAGGAUUAAAACAAAGCCUAAGCUUAUAUUAAAUGGACAUAAUCAGAAGACACUCUUGAAUACCCUGACACCAGACAUUACUUUGCAUCAAAAUUCUAUAUCUUCACAGGAAGAGAUAAACAUUAUCCUGGUUUCAAUGGUAACAUUGCUUAAGCCAAAUUCAAUAUUGGUGAAGGAUCAUUUGUUCCAGACAAGAACUUCAAUUUACCAAAAGAUCCAUUCUCAUUCGGCAGUGGAGUUGAUACCUACCAUAAAGAUUAACCAAAACCACAACCAGAAACUAAACCAGAUCCUAAAGUACUUGACAAUUCAGAAACUUAAAAGGUUCCAGCAUUGACCAAAGAAUUGAAAGAUGAGAAGGAAUUAACAAGUUAUGGAUAUGGAUUUUGGAUGAGAUAUUUGACAGUUUACCCAGAAAGAUAAAUCAAUGGUAAGAAUUAACCAUGGUACUUUGUUUCCAGAUUGACAUGGAAUGAAAAAUAUGACAACAUUGCUAUGGGAGACAGAACCUUGGCCAUCUGGUAAGGAGCAGGAUAUUAUCACAUCACUACAUGCAACAUUGCCACUGGAAAUACUAAUAUGAUCUAAAAUAUCAAUUUCCCAACUGAUAUCGAAGGAUUAUGGACAUAUGUCUAUUAUUCAUACAGCAGAGCCAACAAAUAAGCUGUUGCCUUCAUUUAAUAUGGUAAUGAUGCUCCAUAAACAGCUACUCAUUCCACUUAACACAAAGAUACUAAAUUUGUCAGAUUUAUUUUGGGAGGUAAUGAUGAGGGAAGAUACCCAGGAUUCAAUGGUCAAUUCACAGGAGUUUCAAUUGAUUAAACUUUUAUUGGUACAGUUGAUGAAUUCAAGGCAUUCGUUGCAAAGGUUGGAGUUCCAUAAGUUGGAUUGAAAUAAUUGACAACUGUAGGAUUGGUUGAUUAAAUCAGCAGAAGUGCUGAAGCAGACAUUACAAAGGAAGCCACUGUUGGAGGAGGUGAUUAGAAAUUCCCAUAAGAAUAUGCAAUUAGUGGUUGGUUCAAAUGGAAGCCAACAGCCUAAGCAGCAUGGCAUAACCUUUUCAGAGUCUAAAUUAAGAAACCAUCAACUGAUUAAUUCUUAGGAGAUAGAACCUUAACAAUGUGGGUAUUCUCCAUUUCCCAACAUACACAUAUGACAAUAUGGUUUGGUGGAGGAAAUUCAAAUCUCUACAAAAACAUUCAACACAAGGGAAGACACACUGAAUGGUUCUAUGUCUACUAUGGAUACUCUAGAACAAUCUCUAAGGCUUAAGUUUAUGUUAAAUGGGCAUCUUCAGAUGACGCACUUACAUAUGAUAAUGUUAGACACUAUUUGACUCCAGAAUUCUAUGUAUAUGUUGGCAGAGAUAAAUAAUAUCCAGGACAUAGUGGUAAGAUGGGUUAUGUGAAAUUCAAUCUUGGAGAUGGAUCAUUCUUAAAGGAUCCAAAUUUCGAUCAUCCUUAAGACGCUUUUGGAUUCAAAUCAGGAAUUGAUAAUUUAGUUAAGAAACCUGCAGCUGCAAUUGAACCAGGAACACCAAUUACUGAAGAAUUAAGCAAUGGAUUCGAACAAAAGACCCCAGUUAUUGAUAAGGCUGCACCAGCUGAAAGAGAUCUUGAAGAAUAUGGUUAUGGAUUUUGGUUCAGAUUCUUACACAAUUAUCCAGUCAGAUUACCAAGUGGAAAGAAUUAACCAUGGUAUUUUGUAGUCAGAUUGGCUAAUCAAGAGAAAUAUGAUAACAUUAGAAUGGGAGACAGAAUGUUGGCUGUUUGGUAAGGACAAGGAUACUAUCAUUUCACUACAUGCAACAAAGUAGACAACAAUCCAAAUUACAUUAAGAAUAUCAAUUAUCCAGAAGACAUUGAAGGUUUAUGGACAUAUCUCUACUAUUCAUAUAGUGAUGACAAGAACAGAGCAGUUGGUCAUAUCAAAUAUGGAAAUGAUGACAUACAAUCAAUUAGACAUGAUGUCAAUCACCCUGAAACUAAAUAUGUGAGAUUCGUAUUGGGAGGUAAUGACGAGGGAAGAUAUCCAGGAUUCAAUGGUGUGUUCUCACAAAUAACAUUCAGCACCAAAGAAGGAGCAUUCAUUGAUACUGCUGAUCUCUUAAAAGGAUUCAUUAGUAAAUUAACUAAGCCUGCUUAAGGAUUCAAUGAUUUAGCCAAUUACAAAUUGAUCGAAGAUAGUUUGACAAGAACUUCAGAUGAUAAACCACUCACAAAGGUUAUUGGAAAGGAAACAGAAAGAUUCCCAGCUGAAUACUCAUUCAGUGGAUGGUUCAAGUGGUAACCUCUUGCCUAAUAACCAUGGCAUAACAUUUUCAGAGUACAACUCAAGACACCCUCUACAGACAGUGUCUUAGGUGAUAGAACAUUGUCAGCAUGGGUUGGAACAGCUGAUGGAGGUAUCAUCCAUUUACCAACAUACACUUAUGUUAAUAUGAAUGGUGGUGGUAAUGCUAAUGUUUGGAAGAAUAUUUUACACAAGAACAGAAUCACUAAUUGGUUCUUCCUUUACUUCGGAUAUUCAAAAGAUUAAUAAUUAGCUUAAGCUUACAUUAAAUGGACAGAUGGAGAAGAUCAAUUAUCACAUGAGAAAACUAAUCAUUAUUUAGCAACCUAAUUCUACGUAUUCACAGGAAGAGAUGAUCAUUAUCCAGGAUUCAAUGGAAAAUUGGGCGAAGUUAAUUUCAAUAUCGGUAAAGGUGCCUUCAGAAAACCAACUGAUUAUUCACAUGAAAAGGACAUCUUUGGAUUCAAGAUUGGUACAGAUAAAUUCAUUAAAAAACCAAGUGAUGAAUUCAAGCCUUCUGAUGCUGAUAAGAAUAUCCUUGAAAAUGCUUCAAGUUAAGACAAACCAAUUGUUGAUAAAGAAACCAAUUCUGAAAAACCAUUUGAAUAAUAUGGUUAUGGUUACUGGAUGAGAUUCUUAUCUAAAUAUCCAGAUUAAUUACCAAAUGGAAAGAACUAACCAUUUUACUUUGUAUCCAGAUUGACUAAUCAAGAGAAAUAUGAUAACAUCAGAAUGGGAGAUAGAGUAUUGGCUAUCUGGUAAGGACAAGGAUAUUAUCACUUCACUACAUGCAAUUCAGUUACAAACAAUCCAAAUAUGAUUAUUAAUAAUAACUUCCCUGAUGAUAUUGAAGGAUUGUGGACAUAUGUUUAUUACUCAUACAGUUCUGAAUAAAAUAAGGCUAUUGGUUUCAUCAAAUAUGGUAAUGCUGAUUUCUAGAAGAUUGUUCAUGAGACUACCCACUCAUUAACCAAAUAUUUGAGAUUCAUAGUUGGUGGUAAUGAUGCUAAGAGAUACCCAGGAUUCAAUGGUUUUUUCACAUCAAUUACAUUCUCUACUGAUUCAGCAUUUGUAUCAGAUGUUGAUAAAUUGAAUGCUUACGUGCUCAAAAAUCAAGCACCAAGUGUUGUAGUUCCAUUGUAAACAACCGAAUUGAUUAAAGAUCAAAUCUCAAGAGACAAGGAUGAAAAACCAAGUAUUAUUCAAUCAGUCGGAAGCAACAACAAAUUCCCAUAAGAAUAUGCCUUGAGUGGUUGGUUCAGAUGGAAGCCUACAGCAUAAGCCCCAUGGCAUAAUGUUUUCAGAGUCCAAAUUAAGAAGGCUCCAUUCACUGAUAGUUGGUUAGGAGACAGAACUCUCACUUGUUGGAUUGGUACUGCUGAAGGAGGUAUCUUGCAUUUCCCCACAUACACAUAUACUAAUAUGAAUGGUGGAGGUAAUAACAACUUCUAUAAGAACAUUCAAUACAAGAAUAGAAUUAAUGAAUGGUUCUACAUCUACUAUGGUUAUUCAAAGGUAGAGGCUGCAACUUCAAUCUAUGUCAAAUGGUUCGAUUCUGAAGAUAGCAUGUCCUAUGAUAAAAUAAAUCAUUAUUUGACACCAGAAUUCUAAGUUUGGGUUGGUAGAGAUGAAGCAUAUGUUGGAUUAAAUGGAAGAAUAGCCUAUGUUAACUUCAAUGCAGGUAGUGGCGCUUAUGUCAAGAACAAUAAAUUCGACCAUCCAUAAGAUAUCUUCAAAUUCAAUGUUGGAUAAGCUAAAUUAUUUGAAAAACAAGAAGAAGUUAAACCAGGAUAAAUCAAUAAAGAUUUAUUAAUUAGUCCAACAAGUUAAGAUAAACCAUUAAUUGAUUAGAAUGUUAAAUCAGAUAAUAACUUGGAAGAGUAUGGUUAUGGUUUCUGGUUGAGAUUUUUAACAGCCUUCCCAGAAAGAAUGCUUAGUGGUAAGAACUAACCAUGGUACUUUGUUGCUAGAAUUGCUAAUCAAGAAAACUAUGAUAAUAUUAGAAUGGGUGAUAGAUUAUUGGCAAUUUGGUAAGGAUAAGGAUAUUAUCACUUCACAACUUGUAAUGCAGUCAAUGGAAAUGCCAACGUUAUUUAAAAAUAUGGAUUAUCCAGCUGA